UUCCCGUCUCCGCUGAUCAAUCACUAAUAAAAUCUGAGUCCGUCCGUCGUCUCACUCAGUUCUGCUUCGUCUUCACCGUCAGGAUGAAGGUGUGUGUCCUCCUGAUGUGUGUGUGCUUUCUCUGCUGGACGACCGACGCAAGUCCAGAUGAGUCCAGAUCGUUUCUGAUUACAGCUCCUGUCUCGCUGCGUUUGGACGCCGUGGAGACGGUUCUGCUGCAGUUGUUUGGUUUCACAGAUGAGAUGAAGGUCUACGUGUACCUGAAGACCUCCAUGGCUCCGGACCACGUGGUUCUGGCCCAGGACGUCGUGACCCUCAACACCCAGAACGUCCACCAGGCUGCUGCCAAAGUCCGGCUGUACCCAGGUCAGCUGGAUAAAAGCGUCAAUCAUGUGAUCCUCCACGUCCAAUCCAGAGACUUCAACAAGCACCUGUCCAUCCCUGUGAGCCGCACCAACGGCUUCCUGUUCAUCCAGACCGACAAACCGCUGUACACGCCACAUCAGAGAGUCAAAGUCAGAGCGUUUUCUCUGAACCAGGAGCUGAGGCCGGCCAAUCGCAGCGUCUUCCUGACCUUCAAGGACCCGGAUCAUACAACGGUGGACAUCGUGGAGAUGAUUGAUGUCAACAACGGAAUCCCAUCCAUGCAGAAUCCGUUCAAGAUCCCCAUCAGACCAAAGUUGGGGAUUUGGACCAUUGAAGCUUCGUAUUCUGAUGAUUACACGACGACAGCAAAAACGAACUUUGAAGUUAAAGAAUACGUUCUUCCCAGUUUUUCCAUCCUGAUGGAGCCUGAGGUGAACUACAUCAGCUACGGACAGUUCAACCGCUUCAGCUUCAAGCUGUCUGCCAGGUAUCUUCACGGUGCUCCGGUGGCCGAUGGCGAGGUGCUUCUGCGUUACGGCUACAUCAGCGGGAAAGAUCCUCCAGUCAUCAUCCCCAGCGUGACCACGCACAGACUGUCCUCAGACGGUGACGUGGACGUGAGCGUGAACAUGGAGAAGCUUCUGUCCAAACACAACAAAGACCUCAACAGUCUGGAGGGGAAGUACCUGUACAUCGCCGUGCUGGUUGAGGAGGCCACAGGUGGGCUCUCUCAGGAGGCGGAGUUUGCUUCAGUGAAGUUUGUCAAAUCACCGUACAGCCUGAGGCUGGUGUCCACGCCCCUCUUCAUCAAACCUGGACUUCCUUACAGCGUCCAGGUGCUGGUGAAGGAUCACCUGGGCAAACCGGUGAGUCAGGUCCGGGUUCGCCUGGUGAAGCGACAGCUGUUCAUGAACGGGAUGGAGAACGAGGAAAUGCCCUGUCCUGACAGCGCCAACAGCCAAUCGGACGGCCUCGCUGUCUUCAUCUGCAACACGCCGAGAAACGGAGUGAAGGCGGUGCUGAAGUUUGAGACGGAGGACUCCGCCCUCCCUGCAGCCAGUCAGGCCAGUCUGAGUCUGGAGGCGGUGGCCUAUGAGUCCCCGAACCAGCGGUACCUUUACAUCGACCCCCCGCUGCCCGGCCAAGGUCUGGAGGUGGGGCGCUUUGCCAGCAUCAAGGUGUACUCGGCCACGCCCUCCUACAUACCUGUCAAUUCCCUCAACUACGUGGUGAUCUCUAAAGGGAAGGUGGUGGACUUCCGCAGUCAGAAGUUCCUCGCCUCCACCGAUAACAAACAGGUUCUGAGCUUCCGGCUGACACCCGUCAUGGUCCCGUCCAUCAGGCUGCUGGUCUACUACAUCCUGUUCGGGGAGGGGACAUCCGAGCUCGUGGCGGACUCCGUCUGGCUGGAAGUCAAAGACAAGUGUGUCAACGGACUCAAGACGGACCUGUCAUAUCGAAGUCGGGAAUACAAACCUAAAGAAAACAUCCAACUGGACAUUCAGACCAAUCAGGACGGCCUGCUGGCUCUGUCUGCUGUGGACACCGCCCUCUACACCCUACGGCCUAACUACAGGGACCCCGUUGCCAUGGCUCUGCGGACCAUCGAGGAAAGUGACCUGGGCUGCGGUGGAGGCGGUGGCAGAGACAGCGCAGAUGUCUUCCGAUUGGCCGGGCUCACCUUCAUGACCAAUGCCAAUGCCCAAGCAUCAACCAGCAGUGAAGUGUGUACAGCUGUGGUCCGUCCAAAACGAUCUGUGAGUGCAGAGGAGAAGGCUGCGAAAGCUGAGAGCUACGGUCAUCUGAAGACGUGCUGUGAACAAGGGAUGAGGUUCAUUCCAAAGAGCGUCACCUGCCGUCAGUUCUCCGAGCAGCGUUUCAGAAACCCCAAACACCGAGAGUGCAAACGCGUCUUCAGAGAAUGCUGCGAGUACAUCCAGCGCUCAAUGGAGAACCAAUACAUCCUGGGACGCCACGACUUGGGUCCGGACUUCGACCAGACUCCUCUGGUGCGGAGCUACUUUCCAGAGAGUUGGAUGUGGGAGGUGCAACCUGUCAGGUCGGGCCGGUUCUCUCUAACCAAAACUCUACCAGACUCUCUCACCACUUGGGAGAUCAAGGCCGUCAGCAUGUUCCAGAACGGUAUUUGUGUUGCGGAGCCGGUUCAGGUGUCAGUCAAUCUGCCGCUCAGCGUGAACAUCCCACUGCCGUAUCAGGUGGUCAGAGGAGAACAGCUGGAUCUCGAAGGCUCAGUGUACAACCAGCAGCCCGACAGUGUCACGUACUGCCUGACGCUGAAGGCCGGCCCGGCGCUCUGCCUGCUGAAGUCCCAGCCGGUGGCCGGGCAGGAGGGCCAGCACUCCACCACCUGCAGCAGCUGGAGCAAGCUGUCUGCAGGCGGGGUCGGCAAAGUGACCUUCACUGUGAUGGGCCUGGAGCCUGGAGAACACACCCUGACCUUUACCUUGAAGACACGCAGCCGCACACAAGACAUCGUGCAGAAGAAGCUGAGAGUGGUGCCUGAAGGAGUGAAGACAGCAAAGUUUUCUGGAGGAACACUCGACCCACAGGGACUCUAUGGUUCAGAGAAAAGAACAGUGACGCUGAAGAACCACGUGCCGGCCAACAUCGUUCCCAACACCCCCGUGGAGAGAAUGCUGACCAUCAACGGUGAGGUUCUGGGUGACUUUGUGUCCGUGGUGCACAGCGCUGAAGGCCUCCGACAGCUCGUCAACAUGCCGACCGGGUCAGCGGAGGCGGAGCUCGGUGGACUCCUCCCCCUGUUCCAGGUGUAUCAGUACCUGGAGACGACGGGGCGCUGGGAUGUCCUGGGAGGAGACAUCCAGAAGAACUCAGCGGACAUGAGACGGAAGAUCAAAGAAGGUCUGGUCAGUAUCAGUUCAUUCAGAGGUGGAGACUCGAGCUACAGCAUGUGGCUGAAGAGAGAGCCGAGCACCUGGCUCACAGCUCUGGUAGUGAAGACUCUGUCCCUGGUGGACUCCGUCGUCUCUGUGGACCAUCAGUCUUUGUCGGAGUCAGUGUCCUGGUUGAUCCGGAGAGCUCAGCAGCUGGACGGAUCGUUCAGAGACAAGUCGUCCUUCAGACCCAACAGACUCAUGGCUGCAGGCUCGGAUCCUGUUGACCAAUCAGUUUAUCUGACGUCCUUCGUCCUCAUCGCAUUACACCGAGCGACGAGCAUCAAAGACCAAAUCCUGCAGCUCCGAUUCCACGAUGACAGCAUGCUCUCGGCGCUAACUAUUUCCCAGCAUGCCCCGGGUGUGAAGAGCUAUGUGCGUGCGGUGGCAACGUACGCUCUGACUCUCCACGACACAAACAGCAUGGCAGCGUCCUCGCUGCUCGACAGCCUGGAGAAGCUGGCCCGACAGAAAGGUAACCCUCUGCUCAGGUACUGGCAGGAGUCCAGCGUGACAGCUGAUUGGCUGAAACCCGACCAAUCCAGUGGUCUGACGGUGGAGACGACGGCGUACGUCCUGCUGACCGUGCUGCUCAAGGGGAGAAUCUCGUACGCCAACCCCAUCCUGACCUGGCUGACCCAGGAUCAGCACUACGGAGAGGGUUUCUACUCCAUCCAUGACACUGUCUUGACUCUGGAGGCGGUCACAGAGUACAGUAAAAUCAUCCCUCGAGCCGCCCUCAGUCAGGACCUCAUCGUCCGCCUCAGCAGGAAGUUAGACCCGGUACGAGUCCAGCUCACGCAGAGCCGACCUGUGGCCACACCCCUCCAGGUGACGACGAAUGAUGACAUCACCGUGGCCACGGGAUACGGCAGUGGCGUGUCCAGCGUGAAGAUGAAGACAGUUUACUACGAGACCACAGCGUCCUCACAGACGUGUCACUUUGACCUCACCAUAGAGGUGAAGAGCGCCAGCAGCAGCAAUCCCAGCAGAGGUUCUCCUCAUGUGGUCGCCUGUGCAAAGUACAAACCUCCUCCUAACGAGGUGAUGACAGAGUCCAGUCUGACCGUGAUGGAGAUCCAGCUGCCCUCAGGUGUGGUGCCGGAGACGGAGGACCUGAGACAGUUCAGAGACAUUGACGAGCCGCUCAUCUCACACUAUGAACUCCAAGGAAACACCGUGGUCAUCCAGAUGGAAACCGUUCCCUCAGAGGUCUUCCUGUGCAUUGGUUUCCGGAUCACGACGGCGUUCACAGUGACUGGGAGAAGCGACUCCCUGCUGAGCGUCUACGAGCCUCAGGACAAAGGAAGUCUGUGCACCAAACAGUUCUCGCACAAGGAGGAGAAGCUUCAGCAGCUUUGUGUGGGCCAACAGUGUCAGUGCAUGACAGCGGCGUGCGCCACCUACAGGGGAAACAUCGACGGGAGUCUGACGGCAGCCAAACGAACCGACGAGACGUGUCAGUCGCACAUCAAAUACGCCUACAAGGUGACGGUGAAGUCUUCAGCAGCAGAAGGAAACUUUAUGACCUACACAGCCACCAUAGCUGAAGUCCUGAAGAACACAGAUACAGUGUUUGAAUCGAUGAGUUCAGGUACAGAGGUUUACCUGGUAAAAAAGGCCACCUGCAGUGAUGUGGACAUUCAGAACAACAAACAGUACCUGGUGAUGGGAGCCAGCGGGUCAGAAGUCAAGGUGGACGACGUCUUCAGGUUUCGUCUUCCUCUGGACUCGGACGCUCUGGUGGACCUGUGGCCGACAGAGUGUAGUUCUCCCGAGUGUUCGGACUACACUAACCAGCUGGAGACCUUUGCUCUGGACCUGCAGUUAGACGGCUGUCCGGUCGCCUCGUGAAGAGCGGAGAGGAAGUAGACGGCGUGUUAUGAGCUCAGGAAGUGUUGCUGGGUUAUAUUUGUCCUUUUUGUUUCAACAUGUCACGAUCUGACAAUAAAAGUCAAAGAAACUCA